AAUCUCGUUCCCAGGUUAUAAGUCCAAGAUGGCGGCGGUUCGUUUGGGCGGAAGUGUCUUUUCUGCUCUCAGUUUUCAACAAGUUUGCAGCCACUCUGAUCAGGUGGGCUUGCUGUUUGGUGAGGUCAGUGUACGGGUUAAGGACUCCAUUAGUGACUCACAGAUCAACUCCAAGACAACAGAGAAAACCAUCUGUGUGCUAUCUCACCUGCCAUGUCACCUACCCCUCAGUUCCAGUCUGACAACAGAAAGUAUCAAUAAGGCUAUAACUGAAGUGGCUUGCGACAGAGAAAAGCACAUAGUCGGCUGGUACAGGUUUCGCCGGAACUCUUCACCAGAGCCAUCGCUAUGGGAACGUAUCAUUCACAGAAAGCUGUCAGAGACGCUGAAAUCCCAGGAAAACAUGCUGUUCUGGUUGUUUACUUACCAGUCAAGUGGAACAGUGUCAACCCAUGUUACAGACUAUACUUUAUACCAGCAGAAAGAUAGGAGAUUGCAGGCCAUUCCCCACGCUGUGGUGAACCUUGGGGACACGUCACAUGAUCACUAUCGAAUGAGCUCGGCAGGAGCACUCAGCACGGAUUUAGGCAUGCUGGGAGUGUUUAAAAAAUACAGGGACCGUCUUGUGGAUGGUGAGGGCCAGCUUUGUGAAGUCUCCAUCAUGAACCAGAUGAAUUCAGCUCUUCAGGCACAGCUCAUGGGUCUAUGUGAUUCUGUACACCAAGGGGAAAAGGAGGCAAGUGUUCUAGAAGAGGAGGUAGCCCAGUUGCAAAGUGUUUUGAGGGAAGCAAUGGAACAAAAAGAACAGCAAGAACCAAGUGUGCUUAUCCCAGAAAAGGUUGAUAUUAGCAAAAUAGAACAACAUCAAACAGGGGAUGUGGCAGGGGAUGUGAGGGAUAUUGCCAUGGAAACAGAUGAGGACAACAGCCCAUUUGCUGUUCAGUUGAGGCAAAUAGCAGAGCAAACAAAAGGUGUUACAACGGAAGGCAAGAAAACUCCAAAGAUGGACAGGAAGGAGGUUAAGAAGGAGUCCGAACCAAGAACGAGAAGGAAAAGUAGGAAGAGCAGCAGCAGUGAGACAGAGAAGGGGGAAGAGGGGGACCUCUUCAGCAACCUUGUGUCAGAGAUGAGGUCAAAGGUACAGACACCCGGUAACCAAAGGCAACACAGCAGGCAGAGAGGCAGUCGACAGAUCCAGGAGGAGGAACCCAUGGAGUCCAGUAUGUCUGAGAACAUAGACAGUGGAACAGACGUUGAGACAGAAGACUCCCAGAAGAGCUCACAAUCAACCAUAAAGAACGAGGACGUACAAGUUGUGUCAAGUGACGAUGAGACAGACAUGGAGCAAGAACCGUCUAGUUCACCUGUAUUUUAAGAUUUUGUACAAAAGGUUUUUUAAAAGUAUGCAUAGACGUAAGUUAUACAAUAUAAGAUAUCGAGGCUACAGUUAAGAUUCAGACUGAUUUGGGGGUUUCAGCUGAAGAUUUUGUACAUACAAGAACAUGUUUUAUGUUACAUCAUGGAUGUCAUGCAGUCGUGCCGAAUUGUCCUGAAAAUUUAGUGAAGUUAGUCAUGGAAUAUCAUGUCAGUGACGUCGAAGGGAUCCUGUGCAAAGAUAUAACAUGUGUCACCAAGUCUCUACCUUAAGUAACUACCAUUCUGGGAACUAUAAUAAGGGAAUCAAUAGAGGUUCAGCCAUGAAAUAAACAAUGAGCAUGAUGUGAGCCACAUUUGGUGCCAAUUUGAAAUGUGUGCUCUACAUAAUUUUAUAGCAUGGUUGUAAUAAUAAGAGUUAUGGCAUUGUUGAGAUUGAUUCUACUCAGAAGUACUGUUUGAGUGGAAGUCAGUAACAGAGCAUAGAACACCAAAAGAAAUGUUUAUCAGCAUGCUUAAUUGAAGAUACAUCAGGUACAAGAUUAGAGAAAGCUGAAGCAUUGUUGAUACUGAAAAAUGAAAGCUAGAUGGUGCUUCUUAUAUUUUACUUUCUUUCACCCUCUUUGUACUUAAUUACAUGUAGGCAUCUGAAUGAGAAAUGUUUUGGGUCAGAUACAUUUUGAACAUUAGGAAGGGACAACCUACAUGGACACUGUGUAUUAGGAAGAGUCUUUGAUGACUUUUAGGACAUUAGCAAAGUAUUCUUAACUUAUUAUGUUAUAUGUAUAUACAUCUACAAGAUUGCCAUGGUACCAUGGUUAGAUCAUGAAAGACCCUUUUAGUAGCAUGUAUGACUGGAAUUAAUAGUUACAUUCAUAUUUUGAUACUGAUCAAGUAUGAUCCAUUGUGGCAACUGAGGGCCUUGCUGUAUGUGGACUUCAACUACCCGUACUUCAGAAAUUAGAAGGUUUGUGUUUAUUUCCAUACUGGUCCCAAUAGAUUAUGUUUAAGGUAAUAUAGAUCAAACUGUGCCAUGUGCCUUUUAUGUAUACAGACAUCUAAUCUACCUGUAAAAAAGGUGCUUUCUUUGUGGCCAUAUGGCCAGCAGUUGUACUUAGAACUGAUUUACCACACAAAAGGCUGUUACAGAGUUAUUUUCAUAUUUGAAGUAUGUUUUGUAUGAAAUAUUCAACUUAUGAUAAUGUUCAUGUAGAGUUUACGUCAUAAAUCGUAUGGCAAUUUAGUUGGAAUAAAACAUCCCUUUGUCAAGUCAUGAUGUUAAAUAUACUACAGUUUGCCAUGAAGACAUUAUUGUAACAUUUGUAUAAGGAUCCACCUUUGCUCUCUUGCAUUGACCAGAGCGAUACCCCAGACACACUCUUUCUUAACAAGUCAUAGUCUU